UCCAGCGAGUCAGUUCGCCAAAAUUAAUUUUUAUCAGUGAGCUUGUUUCAUUUACAAUAGACAAGUACCAUUUUUAAAAACUUACUAUUUUUAAGUAAAAUAAAUAGUCACAUUUAAAAUUUAGCAACCUAUAACAAUGUCGCCUAUACUUUUAUUGUUGGUCCUUGUAGGAAGUAUUCUUGAAACAAAUUUAACAUUUGCAGCACCUCGUAAUGCUCACUCAGCUGGUGGUCCAGGUGGUGUAUCAGGUGGUUUAAAAAGUUUAGAUGUAAUAUCAACUGAUCGCAAAGAACAAUCUCCUGGUGAUGUCAUUCCACUCGAGCAAUUUCAACCAAACGAACCGAUAUUUAAUGACCCAAAUAGUUCAUCUGAUUCAGAUGAAUCGUCAUCUGAAUCAGAUGAAUCGCAUCACAAGAAAUGCGAAUGUAAAUGUGAAAAACAAGUAAACUGCUGCUGCUGCUGCAAAAAUGAUAGGGAAACUGGAGUAACUGGAGUACAAGAUAAACACACAUGUAUAUUCUCUAAAAUAUUAAAAAUGAUAUUUGCGGCGCCCAUGAAAAUCAUUAGCUCCAUUUUCUGCAUAAUAAAACACGUUAUAGCGUUUACACUAUUUCUAAUAAGUAUGAUACUGAAGUCAAUAUUUAAACCGUGGACCCUACCAUUUAACAUUCUUGCCGUGGUUAAAAGGGUGUUAGGUAUUUUUGGGGGCGGGGGAGUUGGAACAGGAAUUGGAACAGGAAUUGGAACAGGAAUUGGAACAGGACUUGGGGGAGCAGUUGGGACAGGAGGUGAACUCGGGGGAGAACUUGGGGAAGGACUUGGGGGAGGACUUGGAGGAAUUGGAAUAACAAUAUAGCGAGCUAAAGCGGACAAGGACAACUAUCUUUUGAUGACAACCGGAGUAAACUUUGGAUGAUAACACUAUCAUAAUGUAUUUAUCGUUAGACAAUGUAUAUAUAUUUCCUUUUUUCUUUAUAAAUGCGAUACUAAAUGUAUCGCAUAUUGUAUCAAUAUCUUAAUAUAUUUACAAUAGUAAAGCUGUUUAAGAGAUAUAA